CAUGUAUAGGCAUAGCCCGCAUGCACAUGCACAGUAGACAGCAAGAUCACUCUCAAUCGCUCUAAAUACAUCGACAUAAUUAAUGACUAUCUCGACAUAAAGGUCUAAGUUUAUAAGGUCUGCAAAGUUCAUAACUUCCAGAGUUACAGGGAAUGGAUGGAAGCGGGAACUCGAGUAGUAUGCCAGCUUGGUUGUGUACGGUGGCGCUCAUGGCAUUCAUGGUUCAUGCUGCACAAGCACAAGAUACCACUCCCCCGAAUGUGACGUGUGAUGACGUCACAACGAGGCCUUUUUUACCGAACAGUUUUCUCGGACUGAGUGUAGAUACUACUUACACGUACGAUGAUUUGAACCCUGAUCCCAGUGGGAUAACUUAUAACGUGACCAAAGGACCAUUUGGUGAUCUGUUCCCGCCCGGUCGCACUCCGGUGACAAUGUACGCGGUCGACAUAUUCAAUAACAGAGCGACAUGUCUAUUCUACGUGGAAAAUACAUUGACCGAGCUACCAGUCAAUUGCCCAGACCUGAAUAGAACGGUCGCCACUGACAUGGGACUGCCCACUUAUUCUUACACCCCUUCCAUAGAGGCUAGUGACGUCACAAAGACCACUUCCGGAUACAGAUAUCACGGAGUAGGAGUCUCUGUGGAUCCCUCGAUGGCUUUUGGUAGCAAACUAGACGUUGGUACUCAUCCAGACACAGUCAUUAUCUACGAUGAGGUGUUGAGCAAGACCUGUAUGGGGUAUAUUGUCGUACAAGAUAUAGAAAAACCCAACGUGACGUGCCCAGCAGAUAUCACGGACAGCUCCACGAAUGUCAUCCAAUAUUCUGCCAAUGUAACUGACAAUGUCGGUGCUUCUGUAACCUAUUCCCCUGAGCCUGGUAGCAGAUUCAAUCCUGGUGUUACCAUGGUGUCUGUGAUAGCACGUGACCAGACGGGGCUCAAUGAUACCUGUAGCUUCGUGGUCCAGGUUACCAUUAGCGAGUUACCAGUGUUAUUUCCUUCUGAAGAAACCGUCCAGCUCGACUCUGCAGAAUCGACCUACCAAUACCCAGCUAUCACAGAAGAUAAACUAACCCUGAUGGAUCCGACAUAUCAGUUUUAUGGUGACGUCACUGUUGUGGUUCUGGUCAAUGGCACGAAGAAUUAUUCACUGUCUAUAGGAACGUACAUCCUCACGAUCCUUAUUGAUGAUACCGUCUUUAACAAGACGUGCUCGUCUGUGAUCAGAGUAGAGAAGGGGAAGUCUUUAAACAGGAUUUCGGUCAUCGUAGCCGUGAUAGUCACAUGCGCCGUUGUGCUGUUAGUCGUCUUUGUGAUCGUUUGUUGUGUUUGCUACGUCAAGAAAAGACACACAAGAGGGAAGAUAGAAGUCACUCGAUCAGGUGGAAAACAGAGUUCCAGCGAGAAGACUUCUGCUGUUUAGAAACCAUUUCCUUCGUAUUUCUUGCAUCUCGAUUAAAACCACGAAAACAGCGUGCUCUUCCCCGAAAUAACCAAUUUGUCUUCGACAAACGGUUUCACGAAGUAAUAAUAAUAUGCUGAGGAAAGAUCUAUAGGAAACGGAAUCAAAUGAUCAUGAUGAAUAUUCCCUCUGGCGGAUCCUGUGUGGCACCCAUGUACCCCUCCCCCUAAAAAACCACCAUAAUAAUAAUAGGGCCUUCUUUUGCUUGGCAGAUAAUUUUCACAGUAUUCUUUGUGCACAAUAUGCUCGUAUGCUCCUCCUCAAGAAAUGCAUCUCUUUAUUCUAGAAUCCGCAAAGUGAUUAAAUUGCAUUACAGUCAAUCAAAUUUAUGUUUAAAAUGAAUUUAUUAAUUAUCGCAUAAGGGUAUUGAAUGCGCAACAUUUCAAAGCCAUCGGUCAAGUCUCUUGCAAAUAGGUAAAAUUUAUGUGUAGUUAUGCUAUACCCUGUAUUUUCUUUGUAUAUUUUAAAGUGUAGCAAUCUACGGUCACAGAGAUUCUUGUUAACUAUAGAGAGUAUGUUAUUAAAGAAAGAAUGUAUCAACAGGUAUACUGAUGCUUACCGUGUGGAUUGUCAUUCGUCUUUGUAAGUUUAAUAUAUUUUAGGUGUAAAAUGGCAGUAUAUGAUCUAUCGAACCUUAAUACUGACAAUGAUUGGGCAUUUUAUGUCUGCGUAUGUAAACUAUUGACACAGGGAGCCGGUAGAAACAGGUGUGAUGAUCAUUAGGUACAGGCGUAAGGGCAUAUUUUCCCCGAGGGGGAGGGGGGGGGGGGGGGGGCGGGGCUGACACCUUUUGCAUGAGCAUCAAUUCUUCAGUUUCUAAAUGUUUGCUACUUUUUUAAGUGAAAAUAACAGAAAUGACAUAUAUUCGGGCAUCCUGAAUAAUUAUGAUAUUGAGGUGGUGAUUACGCGAAUAUCGGAACUUUACUUCCCCUACCCCAUUCCCCCCUUAUACUCCGAUGGAUGUGAAAUAGUGGAUCGAAAAUGCAUUAAAUGGCAAUACCAGAUCUUUCUCGUUUUAAAAUAUAUUGUCAUAACCAUGGCCGAGGCGUUGUGAUUAUUGGUAUGUGUUGAUUUAAUAUCUACAGGGGGAAACGGUACAUCCGGGAAGUCCAGACUAGUCUAGUCUUAACAAAUAAUAUAUUUCCUGAGGGGAAGUACAUUUAAUGUAAAGAUGAUGUGACCUUCAGUGUUACACUAGAUUAGCACCGUUUGGUUAACAUCCGAGGCGGGGGUGUUCACCGAAUGAGUGGGAGAGAAAAACCAGCCCAUUGACCUCCUUUAAAGCCCCACUGUCCUACUUGUAGCUGCUUGCUCCCU